AUGAGAAGAGCGAAUGGGGCCAUCGAGAGAGAGAGGCAUCCUAUUCCUACCAUAGAAGAAGUUCUCCAUGACCUUAAUGGUUCAACUGUAUUCAGCAAACUAGAUCUGCGCUGGGGAUUCCACCAGAUUGAGCUUGAUGAAGAGUCCCGUCAAAUUACUACGUUUGUGACACACAGAGGCCUUUACAGAUACAAGAGACUAAUGUUCGGCAUUACGUCAGCCCCAGAAAAGUAUCAGAAGAUUGUGAGUGAUGUUCUGCAAGGUUUUGAAGGUGUUGCAAAUAUUGCAGAUGAUGUGAUCGUACAUGGAUGUGGAAUUGAGCAGCAUGACAAGAAUUUGCUGGCUGUUCUAGAUCGCCUCAGACAGUGUGGACUAACCCUGAAUCCAAACAAGUGCCAGUUCAGACUUCCCAAGUUGACCUUCUUCGGACAUGACCUGAGCAAGAGUGGAGUUACACCCAGUGAAGAAAAGGUAGCAGCAGUUCAGAAUGCGAAACCUCCAAAGAAUGUGGCUGAAGUCAGAUCUUUCCUAGGCCUUGUACAGUACUGUGCUAAAUUCCUGCCAAAUUAUGCACAGGAAGCUGAGCCUAUCAGACAGCUGACUAGAAAAGACGAGCCAUUCGUAUGGAAAGAAGUUCAGCAACAGUCUUUUGAGAAGCUCAAGUAUCUCUUGACACGAGCAGAAACACUGGCAUACUUCAAGAAUGAUUGCAAAACCCGUAUUGUCGCAGAUGCAGGUCCUACUGGUAUCGGAGCAGUCCUAACACAAUUCCAAGAUGGAGUCUGGAGAGUGAUUUCUUAUGCGUCCAGGAACCUAACCGACGUCGAAAGGCGAUAUUCUCAAACCGAGAAGGAGGCACUUGCCUUAGUGUGGGCUUGCGAAAGAUUUAAUCUGUAUGUUUACGGUCGUGACUUUGAACUUGAGACUGACCAUAAACCUCUGGAAUGUAUUUACAAGAGUACAUCCAAGCCAUCUGCAAGAAUCGAACGAUGGGUGCUCCGCCUGCAAAGCUACAACUUCCAAGUUGUGUAUCGUCCUGGAAAAACCAACAUUGCAGACGCCCUGUCAAGACUUAGCUCCCUGGACCAAAAGGACAGAAGUGGAGAGGAAACAGAUGCAGUGAAAAUGAUUGCAGAAGAGAGCACACCUGUGGUGUUAACAGCGAAAGAAGUAGAACGUGCAUCAGAAGAAGACCCUGAACUGACCAGCGUGAGACAUUACAUUCAGAGUGGAGACUGGUCUCAGUGCAAAAUGCCCCAUUUCCUGUGUGUGAAGAAUGAACUGUGUGUGCUUGGAAAACUGGUGUUGCGUGGUACAAGAAUUGUCAUACCCCAGAGCCUGAGAAAACAAGUCUUACAUUUAGCCCAUGAAGGUCAUCAAGGCAUAGUCAAGAUGAAGAGCCGACUCAGAACCAAAGUGUGGUGGCCUAAAAUGGACACUGAUGCUGAGCGAAUCUGUAAAAGCUGUCACGGAUGUCAAGUAGUGAGUGGAUUCUGUACACCUGAACCAAUGCAGAGAGUAGAACCACCAACAGGACCCUGGCAAGAUGUAGCUAUUGAUGUGUUGGGUCCACUUCCUUCUGGAGAGAGUUUACUUGUAGUAGUAGACUACUACAGCCGUUUCUUUGAAGUGGUAAUUAUGCGGUCAACCGCAUCACAGAAGAUGAUAGAAGCACUAACACCGAUCUUUGUACGUUACGGCUAUCCAUUUACCCUCAAGUCUGACAAUGCAGCUCAGUUUGUAUCGGAAGAAUUCGAAGAGUUCCUGUCUAAGAAUGGCAUCGAGCAUCGAAAAUCUCCUCCACUUUGGCCCCAAGCCAAUGGUGAGGUUGAACGACAAAACCGAACCUUGCUUAAAGUGCUCAAGAUAGCCCAAGUGGAAGGAAGGAGGUGGAAAGAUGAGCUGAACAAGUUCCUGUUGGCGUACCGAACAACUCCUCACUCUACCACUGGGAUGACCCCAGCAUCUCUAAUGUUCGGAAGAGAGUUGAAAACAAAACUGCCUGAAUUACACCCCAACAAGAGCCUGCUGGAUGAAAGCAUCAGAGACCGAGACUGGAACCACAAAUUGUCUAGUAAGCUCUAUGCUGACAAGCAAAGGAAUGCAACUUUCAACCCAGUAGUCCCUGGUGACAAGGUUCUGCUUAAAAACACCAAAUCACCUGGUAAGCUGGCUCCAAAGUUUGAACCUCAGCCAUACACCGUCCAGACCAAGGAAGGACAAGAACUCACCUUGAAAGCAGACAAUGGCACCUUGUAUAGGAGAAACAGCUCUUUUGUCAAACCUUACAACACCCCUGGAGAGCCAGAGUCUUCUCCUCCUGAACAGACUUCCAGAGAAGCAAACCCCCCAAGCCCAGCUCCAGCAAUGCCUGAGUCUAGCACAACCUCAAGUACGGCAGAGACAAGAAGCAGACCAACCCGUGCUACGAAAUUGCCUGGAAGAUUUAAAGACUUUGUCCUGGACAAAUGA